UAGAGUGUUCCUUUGUUACGGGGUUGGGAAAUAUGGGAGUAGAAAAUGGAAAUGGAGAAGGGAAAGGUUGUAGUGGAGAAGGUGAGAGGAAAGUCAUCAGUGAUAAGAAGCUUCUCAAAGUAUCCACUUAAAUUCAUUACCCCAAGAAAGGUGGGUUCUUCCAUUACCGAUGCUGUCUGGAUUUACAGCCUCACCUAUGGCGGUGGCAUUGUCUCCGGGGAUUCUAUUUCAGUUGAAUUUACAAUUGGAGAUGGCUGCACUGCUGUUCUUACUACCCAAUCCUCUACAAAGGUCUACAAAUCUUUGGGAUCCAAGUGUUCUGAACAAGUCUUGGAGGCAAGAAUUGGUAGUGGUGCUCUAUUCGUAGUCAUUCCGGAUCCAGUAACAUGUUUUUCCACUGCAAGAUAUUCUCAGAAACAGGUCUUCAGAGUGGUGUCCGACUCAAGUUUGGUCAUUGUAGAUUGGUUUACAAGCGGUCGUCAUGAGAGUGGGGAGAAAUGGGAUUUUGAACUUUACCGGAGCAGCAACUGCAUAUUUGCCGAAGGCAAUCAACCUGUCUUUCUUGACACCGUCUUGCUAGAACAAUCUAGCCCGGUGGAUAUAGCAGAACGCAUGCACGAGUACCAAGUCAUCGCAAUGGUCUUAAUCUAUGGCCCAAAGUUGAAGCAUGUUCAAGACCAAGUUCAAGAAAAUGUGAAGAGGUUAAUGUCUCAGCAAUUACAGAUUCCUUCCACUAGGUUGGGGUGCUGUGCUAAAACAAAUUCAGAUAAUUGUUUGGUCAGGCCAGCUUUUAUUGCUUCCUGCAGUGCCUUUGGUCCUAAGGGAAUGGGUGUUGUUGUUCGGGUAGCUUCUACAACAACUGAGGCAGUCUAUAGGUUCCUGCACCAUCAAUUGGCUGGGAUGGAGCCCCUUCUCGGUGUAUCACCCUAUUCUUGAAUACCCACUGUCAUUUUCUUUUUUGUUAUUUGAAUUCAAUAGCUUAGCUUGUGGUCUUUAGUUCCGGAUUUGAUCUUUGAGAAUUCCCACCCUUGAAAAGAAGUUAUAAUUGGUUCUUUCA